AUGUUGGACAAAUCCUUCAACGUCCCUGAAAAGGGCAUGGCGCAGGCAGGCACGGAAUCCCACACCGACGAGGCGAGCGGCGAUACAUCAGCGGUCCCGCGUGGCACCAAGCGAGGCCUCAAGUCCCGCCAUGCGCAGCUUAUUGCUCUCGGAGGCACCAUCGGCACAGGUCUCUUCGUCGGGAGCGGUGCGACGCUGGCCAAGGGCGGGCCGGGGUUCACCUUGAUCACCUACAUCAUCAUGUCUGCCCUGGUGUUUCUUAUUGUCGGGUCCAUUGCCCUGACGGCAUCGUAUCUGCCCGUGAAGGGUGCAACACCUGCCUACUUCGCCCGGCGCUAUGUCUCGACAUCGCUGGGGUGGGCCAUGGGAUGGUACUACUGGUAUGCCUUUGGAAUCUUCGUGCCUUAUGAAAUCACGGCUGCGAGUCUCGUCAUCAAUUUCUGGGACCCUCCCAUCAGCCCCGCGGUCUGGAUCACCGUCAUGAUCGUCGUCGUCGUCGGGCUGAACCUGCUGCCCGUCUCAGUCUACGGAGAAACCGAGUUUUACUUUGCCUCCCUAAAGAUCAUCACAAUCAUCGGGCUGCUCAUCCUGGCGUUCAUCCUCUUCUGGUGGGGCGGUCCAGCCGGCAAGCCUCUCCUGGCCUUCCACUACUGGGGCGACCCGGGAGCGUUCAACCCGUACAUCCUGGAGGGCUCGAGAGGAUAUGUCGUCAGUUUCUGGAGUACUCUAAUAUCUGCUCUUCUUCCUUUCUCGUUCGCCCCCGAGAUGCUCGUCUUUUGCUGCGGAGAGAUGAAGGCCCCGCGCCGAAAUCUUCCCAAAGCUGCCAAGAGCUUCAUCAUCCGCAUUCUCGUCUUCUACAUCGGCUCAGUCCUUGCGAUUGGCGUAAUCUGCCCCUCCAACGAGCCAGGACUCAAGAGCGGCGACUCUGGAGCCGGAUCCUCGCCGUUUGUGCUCGGCAUCAAGCGUGCCGGCAUUCGUGGUCUUGAUAGCGUCAUCAACGCCGCUAUCCUCACGUCUGCCUGGUCCUCGUCCAAUGCCUUCAUUUUUCAGUCGAGCAGGUCGCUGUAUUCGAUGUCCAUCAACGGUGACGCGCCCAAGUUCCUGUCCAAGUGCACCAAGAAGGGCGUGCCCUACAUGGCUGUACUGGCGACUUCUGCGUUCUCUCUUCUGGCAUAUCUCAACGUCAACGCGCAGUCCGGUAAAGUGUUCACAUGGCUUGUCAACCUCGUCAACACCGCGGCUUUCAUCUCGUGGACUGUCUGUGCAAUCACCUCCAUCCGGUUCCAGAACGCGUUCAAAGUACAGGGCCUCGACAGGGCGGAUCUCCCUUUCACCUCCCGCAUGCAACCCUACGCCUCGUACUUUUGCAUCGUUGUGUUCAUUCUGCUGUGCCUUAUCAAUGGAUUUGAACUGUUCCUGCCAGGUUCCUGGUCCACUUCCUCGUUCCUGAGCAGCUAUAUCGGCAUUCCGAUUUUCUUCGUCCUUUACUUUGGUCACAAGCUUACAGUUGGAAGAUUUGACAAGUGGGCCAUUCCUCUGGAACAGGUUGAUCUUCAGACGGGGCUUGACGAGCUCAAAGCGGAUGAAGAGUUGCACCCACCAAAGAUUGAGUGCAACAAGAACAGGUGGUUGAGGAGUCUAAUCAUGCCCCAAAACAGCCCCAAACAGAUUAAUCUGCUCCGCGGUUGGCCUCAUCCUUCGCUUCUACCAAGAGAACUUUUAGCAGCUUCAUCUCAGGCUGUCCUGUCGAAUCCCGCAGUAUUCGAGCCGGCGCUGCAAUAUGGCGCAGAUCCAGGAUUCCAACCGCUACGCGAGGGUAUAGCAACCUGGCUACAUAGCCACUACAAUGUUGAGCGCGACCCGGAACGGAUAUGCAUCUCGGGUGGUGCAAGUCAAAACAUUGCAUGCAUUCUCCAGAGCUUCACGGAUCCCCACAUAACGCAGGCCGUCUGGCUUGUGUCACCUACAUACCACCUCGUCUGUUCCAUUUUUGAGGAUGCUGGCUUCAGCGGGCGUCUGAAAGGCUUUCCCGAGGACGACGAGGGACCUAACAUUGAAGCAUUGGAAGAGAAGAUGUUGCAAAUGGAAGCAGAAUAUGCGCAGAGGGGAACAGUAAGUAUUCAUCAUGUCUCUGUCAGUCAACUUUGCCCAAAUGGCCUCCAAACUAAUAGAAACACUGAAAAGCAAUCACCAGUUAAAGACUCUGGACCAUACCGGAAAUUCUACCGGCAUGUUGUGUAUGUCGUCGCGACGGCCUCUAACCCCUCAGGCAAGACCAUGUCCGUCAAACGCAGGGAGGACCUCGUCAGCCUAGCUCGCCGGCAUGACGCUCUCAUCAUAUGCGACGAUGUUUAUGACCUACUCCAGUGGCCACUGGAGUGCUCAGGCUCAGCGCGAGUCGAGGCGGCUGAGCAUCCUGAGAUGGUGCUUCCUCGCCUCUGCGACAUCGACCUCGCCGUGGGCCCAACGCCUGAAGAUCCCGGGCGCUUUGGGUAUGCGGUGAGCAACGGCUCCUUCAGCAAGAUGGCCGGACCCGGCAUGCGCACCGGAUGGCUGGAGGGAUCGAGGGAGUUCGCCUUCGGGCUCGCGCAGACCGGCUCAACCAAGUCCGGCGGAUCGCCUAGCCAGUUCUCUGCUGCGAUCAUGGCAGACAUGCUAUCGUCUGGCGCGCUACAAGCAUACCUCGCUAACACCGUGCGGCCUGCACUGCAACGGAGACAUCGCCUCACAAUGGCCGCUGUGAAGCAGUAUUUGGAACCCCUGGGCAUUCGCUCUCGUUCAGCUGGGCUGAUCGACGGCCACGCCUAUGGUGGGUAUUUCGUAUGGCUGCAGCUUCCUGAUGGUCUAUCAUCUAGUGACGUUGUCGAGGCUUCGAUGGAGGAGAAUUUGAUUGUUGGGAGCGGGCCCAUGUUUCAAGUGCACGGUGACGAGGAGAGUGCUGAUCUGGAUGCAUUUCUACGCUUGACGUUUUCUUACGUGGACGAAGAGGAUCUCGAGGAAGGUAACAAUACCAUUUCCCUCAUGGAAGAGAUGGCUACCGAUACUACCGACUUGACAUUUCCCGACCAGGUGGGGAUCAGCAGUGAGAAGAGAGAUUGUCCCUUCACGGACGAGCAGCAUCAUGAAUCGAAGCGGCUUGCUGGGCAAGAACAAGUGUCAUGGAGUUGGUCUCCCGACCCAGCCUUGACAGCGAUGGAUACUGCUCAUACUAUAUUGAAUUGGGAUCAGUCGCGACUAGCCUGGGGUACUGCCGUAGCUCCCCAAGAAUUGCCAGGCAGUGGCACUGACGUUUCUACGGCCCAGUUCGAAGCUUGGCCAUAUACCCCAACUGGGCAAGGAGAUCCGACACUACUGGAUCUACCACACCUCAUCGACAACUCACCUGACUAUAAAGAAACGAAUGGGGGUUUCGAUGGCUUGAGUUCGAAUAUUGGUGCUGACAACUUGUUCCUGAAUGGCACAAAUGCGGCCCAACACUACUCCAAUGGUUCUGAGUUCUCAGACCCAGCGAGCAUUUUUCCUUCCGUCGGCUGUGACCUUACAUUCAACACUGCCACCUAUCAAGACCCGGCCACACAGUCUGUUCCACAACCAACGAUAUUGCUUGGAGAUGUCGCCGAAAUGGAGCCUUGUGCCGGAAAUUCAGAGAUGAUCAGCCAGAAAGACGACGACGAUCUGUUCACUGAUGGUGAAAGAAGCAAAUCUACGCCUGCGGAGUUGCUCAGUACCCCAGACAAUGGGGAGAUCAUCGAAGAGCACGAGUAUGAUAUGUGUUUUGGGGUUAUCGUGCUGGAAGUCAUACUCUCCACUACCUAUCAGGGCAAGAUCGACUGCUUGCCGGUAUUGCUUUCGCGAGAUGGAGACAUCAUAAGCCUCCACUUCGAAGAUCACCAGCAAUUUGCUGGGAUUAUUGUCAGCAAAGACUUGCAGCGACUUUUGAAAGAAUUCGCAGUCCACUUGACAGCAACUCUGACUGUGAAGAGAUCACAAACCGUAAAAGGCAAAAGUAAGGACACAUCCGGAACCAAGUUAAGGCGGGACAAUGCCCUUGCUCGGAUCCUGAUCUACGGUCAAGCAGAAGACAGAAAUGGGAUCGGAGAUCUGAUGUCUGAGUCGGGCCUUUUCUUUCAACACCCUACGGCUGAGGAAGCUGAUGCCAGCGUGCCCUAUUUCAAUCCCCAUCUCCUACUCAGACCCGGGGCAGAAAUGCCACAGAUCGAGGGUGUUUCCAUAUCGGCAAGUGGGAGUGUGGUCGAGGCGAGUGGAAAAUUGGACGAAGUCGGGAAAGGACUUAUCUGGAAGAUCUUUGACCAGGCGAAUGGAUUUUCUGGAGUCACAAAAGUCACGGAAAGUCGACGUCUCAAAUCGAAACUCCACAGUCAUCAGUUGGAAGCACUCUCGAUGAUGGUAGAAAAGGAGCGCGGCGGUCUCGACAGCGCCACAGUCCACACGAUAUGGCAAGCAACCUCGAACGGCUAUCGCCAUGUUGUGACGGGAGCUCGAGAGCGGGAUCCCCACCCGGUCCUUGGAGGAGUUUUGGCAGAUGAAAUGGGGCUCGGGAAGACCCUUACAACACUUGCUUUGAUCUGCUGGUAUCUGGAUAUAGUUGAUCUCAAGAAGGCUGAGAUCGAUGCUAAACUGUCUCGGACCACAUUGAUCAUCGUCCCUAAGUCAGGCAAGCACCUUCUCGAUUCAGUAACGUUCGUCAUUUACCAUGGGGCCUCGAGAAAAACCUUGGUCCCUAGCCUUCUUCAGCACGAUAUUGUUAUCACAACAUACGAAGUUCUCCGUGAAGAUUUCGUUGUGUCGUCAGAAGAUACUCUUUUCUCGCAUUAUUGGCAUCGUGUGGUUCUUGAUGAAGCUCACCGUAUUCGCUCACGCAUGUCGAAAAUCCAUCAAGCUGCUCUCGCCAUCUCGAAACGCGCCAUCUGUCGCUGGUGUCUUACAGGUACUCCGAUUCACAACUCAAUUGAUGACUACGGUGCGCUUCUCAGCUUCCUCAGAGUGCCCAAACUGGCGGAGAAACGAGCUUUUGAUCAUUGGGUUACCAAGCCUCUAAGGCACCGACAACCCAAUGCCAUAAACCGUCUCAAACAGAUGGUGCGGGCCACUUGCCUUCGACGAACAAUCUGUACGAGUAUGGGAAUGCGACCGCCUAUCGAAAGAAUUGCAUGGGUCGAUCUCGGAGAGGCUGAUCAAGAACUGUAUAACUUCUUCAAAUCCCGAGCGGCUGAACUUGCGUCAGGCGUGAACAAUUACAGGGCAAAGAGCGCAGCAUCCCAGUCCAGGGCAAUCUAUGACGACAACAUACUGAGUCUGAUUAACUGCCUCAGAUUAAUCUGCGAUUACGGAGAUAAAGUACUACCCACCAAGGCUUUAGAAGCAUGGCGCUCAAAAAGUCAUUGUGCUAGCAACUGGAAGACGACGGAACAACACUCACAACAAUGCUCUGGUUGCAAGGGGCCAUUGGCCAGAUUUGACGAUGACUCCAUACUAUCGUGCGGGCACGGUAUCUGUGAUAUGUGCCAGCAGCGCAUACAAGAGGGGGAGGAACUCGAUGACGUCAAUGACUGUUUGAUGUGCCAGGCCUCUGACGAGGCCGAAGACACGGUACAGGGCUCUUCCGGUUCUUAUCAGUCAGCAAAAGCUGCAACUUUGGUCCGAAACAUUUUGACAGAACAGUCAAACUCAACGGGCAGCCAAGAGCCCAGAAAGAGGUAG